AUGUUCCUGAAUGAGUCGGUGGGUGGUGAACGCCAAGAGGGCUUCCAGCUGGGUGGGGGGAAGCUGCGGAGUGAGGAAUCACGGUGGUUGAGGUGCCUCCCGUCUCUCACUGACUGGACGGGUGGGGCUGGGGUACCGGAAGGGGGCGAGGGAAGAGGAACCUGGAGAGCAGGGACUCCGCUGACUGCGAGAAGGGGCGGGGCUACAAGGCGCGUCGCGGAGGGACUACAAUGGCGGGAAGGGGCGGGGUUACGAGGCGCGCCGGGGGCGGGGAAGGGGCCCCGAGCGGCAUCUAGCUGCCCGCGCAUUGGCCGGAGUGGCCAGGGCGCCUACGAGCUCCUGGUGCUUCUGCUCGGCUCCGUGGGACUGCUGGGCGUCGGCAGCAGCCUGCUGGUACUCGUCCUCUACCUCAAGUUCCCGCGACUCCGCAGCCCCGCCCGCCUCUUCCUGCUUCACGUCGGCCUCGGCAACCUGCUACCCUCCGUCCUCCGGGCCGCGCUAGCUUUCGCGUUCCGCCCGAGGGGCGGCGUGGUGGGGGGCGCCACGAACUGCGUGUGGAACGGCUUCAGCAACAGCCUGUGGGAUAUUUUUUCCAUUAUCACCCUAACUACACUGGCCUGUGAACGUUAUAUUGGCAUGAUCCAUAACAGAGUGAUCAGUUUUUCCUGGGCCUGGAGGGCCAUUACGUACAUCUGGCUAUACUCACUGGUGAGGUCAGGGUCACCUCUCCUGGGCUGACACAGGUAUAUCCUGGAUGUGCAUGUACUAGGCUGUGCUGUGAAUUGGAAAUCCAAGGACACCAGCGACUCCUCCUUUGUGCUUUUCUUAUUUCUUGACUGCAUGGUGGUACCUGUGGGUGUCAUUGCUCAUUGCUAUGGCCAUAUUUUAUAUUCCAUUCGAAAGCUCUGUUUUGUUGAAGAUCUUCAGACAAUUCAAAUGUUCAAGAUUUUAAGAUAUGAAAAGAAACUGGCCAAAAUGUGCUUUUUCAUGAUAUUUGCCUUUCUGAGCUUUUGGAUGCCUUAUAUUGUGAUUUGUUUCUUGGUGUUUAAUGGUUAUGGACACCUGUUCACUCCUACAAUAAUAUCUACUGUUUGAUAUCUCUUUGCUAAAUCAAGCACUGUGUAUAAUCCAGUUAUCUAUAUCUUCAUGAUCAGAAAGUUUCGAAGAGCCCUUUUGCAGCUCCUAUGUUUCCGACUGCAGAGAUGCCAGUGACCAGCUAAAGAUCUACCAGCAGUUGGGAGUGAAAUGCAAAUCCAACUCAUUGUGAUGCCACAGAAAGAUAGGGACAGACCAAAGAAAAAACUGACUUUUAACUCUUCUUCCAUCAUUUUUGUCAUCACUAAUGAUGAAUCACUAUCAGUUGAUGGUGAGAGAACCAGUGGGUCAUAGGUCGAUGUAAUCCAAGUUUGUCCUUUAUAG